UUCUAAGGUAAGCAAUUUUAUAAGUUAUUACUAUCUGGCAGUUCAUGAUUACUGGUCUUUCUUUUUUCACUGCCUUGGGUUUUCUGAUCUAUGGAGGAAGGCAAGAUCAUGAAUACUACUCAAUGCUUCUUUAAUAAAGUCAUGAACAACAAUGCAUGGAUUUUUUAUUUUAUCUUUUUGUUAGCCAAUUGCAUUGACUAGGUUGUCUGCAAAACAUGUACCGCAAAAGUAUAAAUCUAAAAAGUGUUACGUUAGUACUUAGUGAUAUGCAUUAAGUUCAGGGUUUGAUCUAGCUACCGCACUACAUCCAAAUAUGCAGUAUGCACUUACAUUUCUUGUUUGUUCAAGCUUUUCAUCAUGCUAAAAUAUUUUCCUAUUGAGUCAAAAGGGAGGCAACAAAAGCUGAGAGAAGUCGGCAGAGUUGCCACCAUAUGUUUCUGUUGUUUCUCGGCACGAUGCAUAAUGAUGUGCUUCAAUGCAUUUGACGAGGAAGCUAACCUCGAUGUUCUUGACCAUCCAGUUCUGAAUUUGUUCUAUUACCUGCUUGUGGAGAUUCUCCCUUCAUCUCUUGUCCUGUACAUUCUAAGGAGGAUUCCUGCAAAGCUACGGCUAUCCCAGUAUCACCCCGUCAGCAGCAGCUAGAGACGAGGCAUUACCAUCUGCUGAGCCAAAAAUGGUGACUGCUGUCAAGCUAUGAAAAAUCAACUGCAACGCCCUCUAUAUAAUAUUUGUAUUGGUAGCCUCUCUGCAAAAUA